CACCGCCCCCGCCGCGCCCCGCGCCCGCCCUUGCUAGCAGGCACCUCCCGCCCCCUGCAUUGCUGAUGCUGCUGCUGGCAGACAUGGACGUGGUGAAUCAGCUGGUGGCUGGGGGUCAGUUCCGGGUGAUCAAGGAGCCCCUUGGCUUCGUGAAGGUGCUGCAAUGGGUCUUUGCCAUCUUCGCCUUUGCCACAUGCGGCAGCUACAACGGGGAGCUCCGGCUGAGCGUGGAGUGUGCCAACAAGACGGAGAGUGACCUCAGCAUCGAGGUUGAAUUUGAGUACCCCUUCAGGCUGCACCAAGUGUACUUUGAUGCACCCAACUGCCGAGGGGGCACCACAAAGGUCUUCCUAGUGGGGGACUACUCCUCUUCUGCUGAAUUCUUUGUCACUGUGGCUGUGUUUGCCUUCCUCUACUCCAUGGGGGCUCUGGCCACCUACAUCUUCCUGCAGAACAAGUACCGAGAGAACAACAAAGGGCCCAUGAUGGACUUUCUAGCCACAGCGGUGUUUGCCUUCAUGUGGCUAGUUAGCUCAUCCGCCUGGGCCAAGGGACUCUCAGAUGUGAAGAUGGCCACAGACCCAGAGAACAUUAUCAAGGAGAUGGAUGUCUGCCGCCAGACAGGCAACACAUGCAAGGAGCUGAGGGACCCUGUGACCUCAGGACUCAACACCUCAGUGGUGUUCGGCUUCCUGAACCUGGUGCUUUGGGUCGGCAACCUGUGGUUUGUGUUUAAGGAGACAGGCUGGGCCGCCCCGUUCCUGCGUGCACCACCUGGCGCCCCUGAGAAGCAACCAGCACCCGGGGACGCCUACGGCGAUGCAGGAUACGGGCAGGGCCCCGGCGGGUAUGGGCCCCAGGACUCCUACGGGCCCCAGGGUGGUUACCAGCCCGACUACGGGCAGCCAGCCGGCGGCGGUGGCGGUGGCUACGGGCCUCAGGGCGACUAUGGGCAGCAAGGCUACGGCCCACAGGGUGCGCCCACCUCCUUCUCCAAUCAGAUGUAACCUGGUCAGUGCAGCCCGGGAGGACCCCAUAGGUGGGCAAGAGCUCAGGAGAAGGCCUGCCCCCCUUCCUUCCCCUACACCCUAGGUCUCCACCCCUCAAGCCAGGAGACCCUAACUGUCUUUGCUGUUUAUAUAUAUAUAUAUAUUAUAUAUAAAUAUCUAUUUAUCUGUCUGAGCCCUGCCCUCACCCCUCUCCCUUCAUGCACUAGGGGCCCAGUCUUGAGUGGGCUUCUUCCCUACUCCUGCCCCUUCCCUGCAUUCCUCAGCCCCUCUCUGAUCCCUGUCCCUGUCCCCUGAAUUUAGGGGGCUCUGGAAGGGGGACAGGGAGGGGACAGACCUCAGCUGUGUGGGGAGGGUGGGUGUGAAUUCAGACUCUCUCCCCUCUCUCUAGCCCCUCCUCCUAACUCUGGCCUUGGUUCCACCAGCCUUGCCUGAACAAAGCUGUGAAGGAAAAUUCAACCCUGAGGGUAGGAGAGAGGCAGAGAUCCGGAAUCUUGGGGUAGAGAAGACAGCUUGGAUCCAAGGUGGUCUUUAAAGGGAGCUCUAGAGUGGAGGGGAGUAGUCAUCAGGGAGUAACUGAAGUAAAGGGGUGCCUAAAGCAUUCUGGGGUGAGGCUUGGAAGGAGGCCCAGGGCAUGUCUCUAGAAGGGGUGGGGGUUUAUGUGAGCCAGCAAGUGGACUCCAGACUGGUUGGGUCUUGGAUUGGGACCAGCCUAUAGAAGGUGUGUGUGUGUGUGUGUGUGUGCGCGUGUGUGUAUGGCUUGGCACAUUCAAGAAUCUGAACUUGAUCUAAUGGGAACACAUCUUGAGUAGAGCAAGAGGUGGGGUUCAGGAAUGAGCUAAGCUUGGGGUGAACUGUCCUAGUCAGGGUUCCAGAAGGGGUGUGGUUAGAGUGGGGUGAGCCUGGUGGUUUCAGAAAGGGCAGCCCCUCCCCCAAUAGGACAGUGAAGAAAAUGUGUUUUAAAUUGAACAGGUUUGGGUAGUAGGUGGGGGGGUGCUUAGGAGCUGCAGGAUGAGUUUUGUUAAGGGUGGGGAAAAUGGCCCUAGCUAAGGCUGGGAACCAAGGAAGCUGGUCUGGGAAAAAAACGAAUGAUUUUGCUUGGAGAGUGAGGGGUGGGAUCCAGAGAGGAACAGCCCCCACACCCUUGUCCCUCCCCUUGACCAGAUAGCUAGGUAAUCAGAGGGCAGAGCCAGGCAGGUCUGUGGGGCUGGCCCACCCCUCUUCCCCCUUCCCCUGCCCCUCCCUCCCUCCACAUCUCCACCCGAUCUGGGGUGGUUGGAGGCCUGGUCUGGAGCCCCUGUCCUGCACCCUCUGCUGUGUCUGUGAUGUCGGUAGUGCCUGUGAUUGUGUGUUGCCAUUUCGUCUGGCUGUGGCCCCUUCCUUUCCCCUCCAGACCCCCCUUUCCCACACCCUGCCCUUCGGUAUUGUUUGAAGACCCCCUCCCCAGGAAGAACAAAUAUGAAUAAUUCUCCUCCCCAAAUAAACUCCU